AUGUCGUCGCCCAAUGCUCUGCUCUGCUGGACUGUGACCGCUUAUCGUAAGGAUGGCAUGACAGAGGAGGCUUACCACAAGUACUUGUCUGAAGUUCACGGUCCACUGGUUCGAGGUCUUCUAGCCAAGCACGGCUUCCAGUCUUACUCUCUGGUCCACACAAACACCACGACCCGCGCCAAGAUGGACCAGAUCUUCGAUCCACAGUUCGCGAAUGUCGCUGACUACGACUGCAUCAUUCAAGCCACAUUCAGAUCUGUCGACGAUUUUGUCUCAAGGCUGAUCCAGAAUACCUUCGUAUCAUUGCUCCUGAUCACGAGAACUUUGCCGAUACCAAGCGUUCCAGGCGAGUUGGACGAAUGA